CUAGGCAUGUACGGAAUCCCAUCCGCCAAUGGGUUUGGUACCGGGGAUCAGACUCCGACGGUUACGAUACCAAUUCGGAUUCUGAAAUGGAUACCGACGAUGCCAAUAAGCCGCCAAGUCCACCUGCAUCACCACCUAUGCCUCCACAGUCCCGUCGGCUCUUUGAUGGGACCAUAUCACCUCUCACACCCUCAUCAUUUGAAGAAAUUCAGUCGUGCCCUUGUCUGGAGUCCAAUUGUAAUUUGUUAAGCAAGCAAAAAUCGUCUUGUGAGCACGCUCGAUUCUCAAAUCAAUACACUUUCGACGCUUCACCAAAACGGCCAAGGGAAGAAGACGAGGACAAGCAGACGGAUAAGACGCCAAGGGGUGAGAAAAGGCUCCGAUUGAUCGAAGGACGAUGUCAAACUUCCGAAGAUACGACCACACACGAUUCGGAACUCGACAUUGAGAUGGAGGAUGCUUUUAAGUCGUUUGCACUAGACACACCAAUGACGAACACAGAAAUGGAGGAAGAUAUUCCAGAUGCAUUCGCUUCCAAGAGGAAGAGAGACACAGCAGCCGAUGAAAAACAUGCUUCCAAGAGAGCCAAAACAGCAGAAUCGCACGCGGCAUUCUAUUCAAAUGAAACGAGAAACAUCGCAAAGAGUGUAGGAAUUCCUCCGGCGAAGACAAACAGGGCAGGAUCAUUCCAGGAUUUGAAUUGCGGGUCUAAGUUUGUCAUGGAAGAGGAACAAGGAAGUCGAUCGAAGGGUACCAGAAAUGCCAGGCUAGAUCAAAGCCCCGAGUCAGAGAGAAAGAGGAAAGGAGAGGAGGAUGGCGGGAUUUGUUCCAAAGGGUACAAAAAAGCCAAAGUGGAAUAUGAAUUGUUGUUCGAAGAAUGGGACGAACAUAUAUAGGAAUGGUAUGGCUCGUUCUGUAUCAGGAACCGGCUUUGUUCCAGAGCGAGAGACAUAAUUAGGGAUUAGAAAAGAUUCGAUAAAGAAGGGAGAUCAAUGCUAGUACUAUGCUUAAGC